AUGUCAACUCCAGAUACCUCUAUCUCAACUACUCAGGCCUCGGAGAUCAUAGAGUCGGUUUCAUCACCUGGUGUCGUGCAGGAUAGCCUCCGUGAUGCAAACGUCAAAGUACCCACGCAAGCGGAAUUAUCUACUGUAGAGUCAAAGUUGGCCACCGCGCGCUCGAAGAAAGACACUGGUGAUGCUGCAUUCAAAGUAGGAGAUGUCAAGAGUGCGUUGCGAUCGUACCAUGAGACGCUUCUGUAUCUUCACGGCAUCGAUAAAAACGCCCUUAAAUCGCUUGGAUUGGCUGUCCCAUCGUCUCCAUCAUCGAUGUCAGCAGUAGACCAAGCUGCUGGUGCAAAAGAUGUAACGACUGAGGCAGAUAUGAUUCUGGAGAAAGUAUACGCCAAUAUGUCUGCCUGCCAUAUCAAACAAGAGAACUGGAAGCGGGCAGUGGAUACUGCUGACAAGGCUCUAGGCAAAAACGCAUCUAAUUCUAAAGCACUUUUCCGAAAAGCAAAGGCCCUUGGAGAACUUGGAUUUUUCGAGAAAGCUGAGAUAGCUCUCAACGAGAUCAAGAAGGUCGCUCCCAACGAGGCGCCCAUGGCCGACGCAGAGCUUGCGCGUCAGAAAGCGAUGGACCGUGAACGGCAAAAGACUCACGAUCAGAAAAUGAGAGGCUGGCUUUCACGAGAGAAGAAGCAGGCUGUGAGCGAGUAA